GCCGGUGUCUGAGGGCUGUAAGCCGCUGGCUGCGCUUCUCAGCGGUAUCGCGCAGGCCGUGUACCACGGCAACGCGGACAUCACGGAGGAGCUGCUGCGCGGGCAGCUCUACCCUGAGGCGACGCCGGAGGAGUUCCGCGCUCUGCGCGCCAAGAUGGGCGGCCUCCUCCAGUCAAUUGCUUCAGCAGAUAUGGAUUUGAAUCAGCUGGAGGCUUUUCUCACUGCCCAAACCAAAAAACAAGGUGGCAUCACGUCAGAUCAAGCUGCCGUCAUUGCCAAAUUUUGGAAGAACCACCGAAUAAAGAUCCAUGAGAGCCUGAUCAAUCAAAGCCGUUGGGAUAAUGUCCUGAAAAACAUGAACUGGCGAGUGGAUCUGAAGUCACAGUCAAGACACAUCGAUCAGAUAAACACUCCUGUUGCAAUAGUUGAAAUGGAACUGGGGAAAAAUGGGCAGGAAUCUGAGUUUCUCUGUCUGGAGUUUGAUGAGGCCAAGGUGAGCCAGAUGCUGAAGAAACUCUCGGAAAUAGAGGAGAGCAUGACUUCGUUGACUCAGACCACUUAACCAAAUAAAGAGAUUGCAACUC